UAAAGUUCUAUUUACGGUACAUUGUUGCUCUCUUUCUCGCAUACAUGAUUUUACAAAAGAAAGAGUGAAAUAGAGAAUGCUCCAUUUUGAUUGUAACGAAUACUAACGAAUUGUGGUUAUAUGACUUGAAAAGUUUUUAUUUAUUUUUACUAAAUUAUUGUGCAAUUUAAAGGUUUAUAGGCCAUGUUUCGAUUUAUAUAUUCAUCCUAAUUUUAAUUCUCAAUUUUAUUUUCGUAAAAUAUUAAGACAAGACGGACAAAUGGAGAAAAAUAAGGAGUCAAGCUUAAAUGGAGAAAAAGUAACAAAAUCCUACCUGCAGUUCCAGAUUGACAGAUUGAAACUCCUACAAGCAAAGCUGUCCACAGAGGCUGAAGAAGAUUAUGUUAUUGUUAAAGAAGAACGUAGCGGCUAUGAUUCAGAGACGAGCGAAUAUUCAGAGGAUUCGGCAGCGGCCUACGAGGAUGUCCAGGCUGCAACCAAAAGCUCUGGGCCGCGGAAGAAUAUUAAUAGGGGGAGGUGGACAAAGGAGGAGGACAAGAAGCUAAAAGCAUGCGUGAAUAUAUAUAAUGAAAACUGGGACCUGAUAUCGGCGCAGUUCGCCGAUAGGUCUGACGUCCAGUGCCAACAGCGGUGGACAAAAGUCGUCAACCCUGAACUAGUCAAAGGCCCUUGGACGAAAGAGGAAGAUGAGAAGGUGAUGGAACUUGUCGCCAAAUACGGACCUAAGAAAUGGACGCUCAUCGCGCGCCAUCUAAAAGGAAGGAUAGGAAAACAAUGCAGAGAACGAUGGCACAACCACCUAAAUCCGUCUAUAAAGAAGACAGCGUGGACGGAGCACGAAGACCGAGUCAUAUACCAAGCACACAAACAGUUAGGAAACCAAUGGGCUAAGAUUGCUAAACUAUUGCCCGGCAGGACCGACAACGCAAUAAAGAACCAUUGGAACUCGACAAUGAGAAGGAAAUAUGAGCCAGAUCUGUUGGACAGUUUCGAGACGCUCCGUCGGAAAAAUCCGCGGGUAAAGCCGCGAGAACUAGUUGAAUCUAAUAUAAUGCAAGAAAAGGUGCAAGUCGCGUAUAACGAUCAAUCCUGGUCGGAUCCCUUCAACGAAUCAGCUCAAAGUAACUCGUCGAACACUAGCCAGCCUCCUUCGAAACACGUUUUACAUUUCCGUCAGUUGUUGAAAGAUCAGCUGAACAAUUUGCAACAUCAAGUCAUACCGAAGUCGCCUGACAGAGGAGGCUUGGUCGCUGCAGACGAAAUGGAAAUCGUUGAUACACCUUUCAAAUUCGUGAACAUAGAAACGCUACCAACAGACUCACCUCUAAGAAACUAUUUGUCGUCAGCCUCAACAGGCACUGAGAGCAACCAAGAUACUGUAACAUACUCUAUACAAGCAGAAGCGAGCAAAGAAAUAGAGGUUCCCUCAGCAAUGUACACGUCGCCUCGAAAGAAGGCGGUCGAGACGAGCACCCCUCCUCCAAUUCUAAGGCGGAAAACCAAAAAAAUACCCGCGACAUCAUCCAACAACGCUAAUGCAUGGACGGAGUCGUUAUCCAAAGCGCUCGAGUACCGCGAGUCUGGCGUGACCCCCAUAAAGGCGUUACCGUUCAGUCCGUCACAGUUCCUAAACUCGCCGGCUGGAAUAUCAUUCUCCGCUAUCGAUGCUAAUUCUACGCCUCUACGACAUGCUGCCAAGGAAUGGAGUGCGAGUCCUCUACUGCAAACCCCUACGCCAGUCAACCACGUUACACCCGGCGGACCCAACCCCGUCAAGAGUAACACUCCCAAAACUCCAACGCCCUUCAAAAUCGCGAUGGCGGAGUUGGGCAAGAAAUCUGGCUUGAAAUAUGAACCUUCCAGUCCUGGUUUGCUAGUCGAAGAUAUAACUAUGAUGAUGAAGCGAGAGAAUUCUGACAGUACUGUACAGUUGAACGAUUCAUUACUCUCAACUGCGGCCGAUCAGGAAAAUGGAAAUGUACAGAUAAACGACUCAGGCAUAGGCAGUUUGAAGCGAGGCAGCGAGGCGGGCAAGGAGAAUGUGCCCGGGCAUAAGAAGGCUCGCAAGGCGCUCGCCCCCGCCUGGGCCGCGCUCACUAGUACCCCGCAUGCCAGGGAACAUACACCCACGCUUGUACCCGACGUCUCGUAUAUUGAGACCCCUAGCAAAACCUUAGCGGGAGACAGCUCAGUAAUGUUCUCACCACCAUCCAUCGUGAAGCAUUCCCUUCUAGAAGAAUCCACAAGCCUACACUCCCUUAUAAGCGCUGAAAACACACCGGACACAAGCAAAUACGAAGACAUAGACAUAGAAGCCGUCAUCACUGAGAAAACUAAGAUUGCGAGAGGUAACGAGCCUAUUGUAGUGAAGAAAUCCGCUGUCCGCUCGAUCAAAUUCGACCGACUUGAAGAACCUGUAGAAGUCAAGGAGGAAAAGAACCAGUCUCCUUUCAUUGUGGGCACAUACAAAUGGCAGACUUUUGCAUGCGGUAUGACAAAGGACCAAUUGGACCUCACACAGUUGGCCCACCAAUACAUGAGGAAAACUGCAUUAAAACCUCGUUCGCUAAACUUCUUAUGAGGAUAGUUAUUUUGUGAUUAUUUUUGAAUUUGUGUCCUUGGGCCUUAGAAAAUUUAUGGACUUAUUAUGCUACUGGGAUAGAUUUUAAGCCGGAAAGUUUCUUACAGGCCUGGAGAAUUUAUGGUCUGGGCCGGUUCUCUAUGGCUUUAGACAAAAAAUGGACUUAUCCUGUACUGGGACAGUUUGGACUGGAAUUGUAAACUUUCAAAUUGUAGUGUUGUGUGAUUUUGUGUUUCAAUCUACUGCAUAUUAUUAUGGUCUGAAAUUAUGUUUCGUUUUUUCAUUGAUUUUCAAGUAUUUUCUGAAAAGAGUGUUAGAGAAAAAUCGACCAUAAUGAUGAUAUGUGACGGUUGAUUAUGUAGAUGAAUUACGCUUAUUAUUUUAGAUGUAUGUUUUUAAUUUAAGUAUACAUAUAUUAUGUAAUAUACUAUAUACAAGUAUGAUAGGAACAGUGUGAUUUUAGUAUAAGAACUUAUUUGUAAGUUAUAUACGUAUAAAAAUGAUUAUGUUAAGGAGAAAUAUAGUGUUAUUGUAGCUUUUGGAUGUUUUGUAUUUUAUGUAGGCAUAUGUUUUUUAAGAAUAAUGUUAUAAUGUCGGUCUUGUAUUUAGUUUGUUAUUAAUUUUAUGUGUGAAGGAUUCUAAUUAUGAUUUUAUAGAUUUGCAGAGUUAUUUAAGGGUUUAUUUAUAAUAAAGUUUUGGUGUCAGUAUGUGAAGAUUUUUUAAAC